AAUAAAAAAAGCAAAAUUAAUGGAACGAUGAGGAACAGAAAGCAAAUGGUAUAUAAGUUGUCAGAAGUCCAAAAAGGAAACGGAACUGGACCAGAUAGGAAAGAGGUGUGUCCCAGCAGGUGCCCCCCAAAGGGAGGAACGUGUGACUGUGGUCUAGAUAAAUUCCUCCCGAGGUGGGCUCAUUGGAUUGUCUGUUUUGUCACAAUGUGUGUCCGGAUCCAUUACAUUGGUCAGCCUCAGAGCUUGUGGAUUCUACACCCAGAUGAAAUAUUUCAAACAGUAGAAGUUGCCUUCUCUGAGUACCACGGCUAUGGUUUCCGAUUUUAUGACUAUCUUCCUCCGCCAACCAAUGCAACUUCUGUCGAAGAGCAGGAGCUUCUGUCUGGGAUGUUUAGCCUACGGUCGUUCCUGCUGCCCAGAAUUUACAUGCUCAUGUUCGCCACUGCAGACUUCCUGGGGUUCCAACUUAAACCGUUGAUGAUUGCAAGAACAGGUCAUGUGAUUGUGACUUCAUUUCUACCAUUGGCAGUUUAUUAUUUUGUGAGGAGAUUGUAUCCAUGUGUAUUGACAAGUCAAUUAACCGCGAUCUUCACUGCUUGCUCACUUCCUCUAUCCGUCCUUGGGACGCAUGCGCUAGACAAUAGUCUUCUUAGUCCCUUUGUGAUCACCUUUUUGACACCGUUACUUGGAUUCUUUCUAGACAGUAGAUAUAAUCCAACAUCUGCUAUGUUGGCUUCUUAUGCCAGUAACCAAAAUGGUCAUGCAAACAUUACAAAGAGCGAAAAUACAACAAAAAGCGAAAAUGCAUCUACAAGCGAAAAUGGAACAGAGGACCAAAUACUAAAGAAGACAUCAAGGGUUAGAUUCCUUGGAAUAUCUCAAUCAAUGAUAUAUCUUUUCAGUGGAUUCAUACUGGGUAUUGCUUGUUACAUUCGUAUUGAUUCGGUUAUUUUCAUUGGUACACUUCUAGUCACGUAUCCAUUGAUAUUUAUUCAAGUAAAUCAGUUGAUGAGUUCAUUUAUAAUGGCUUUUCUUGCUGGGAGUGGAUUUCUUGCAGCUGUUUGGGUGGGUGGAUAUGAAGAUUUGUACAGAUACGGCAGCAUGUUCAUAUCACCUUUUCAAUGGAUGAACUUCAAUUUAAAAAACAGUUUACCCUCCACUUUCUUUGGCGCCCAGAAGCCGUUAAAAUUUCUCAUGGAAAUAUUCUUUACCGAUAUAUUUUCAUCUCUCUUUAUUAUUUUAGGAAUUAUUGGAUUGUUCGUGGGAUUUUUCAGACAGUCAAGUAGAAGAACAGCUAAUUUGGAGAACAUUAUUACAGUCGUUCUGAUAUUUUUAACCAUUUUACAAUUUGCAUCCCAUUUCCUAAUGAAGCAGCUGGAAACAAGACAUCUACAUAAUGUCAUUGUGUUAGUGUUAAUUGUAUGUGCCUGUUCUUUUCAUCAUAAUCUUGCAUUACUGAGACAAAGUAUUCUCAAGGAAGAGCAUCUGAAAGUGUUACUAGUUUUCUUUCUCGGGCUUUAUGCUUUGAAUUCUUAUAGUAUGUAUCCAUCGCCCAGUUCAUCAUUAGAUAAUCCAUGGACAUAUCCACGAAUGAAAGAGUCCAGGGACGUUAACUCGUGUCUUCAGUUCGUUAGUCACCGUAGCAACGUGACUGGUGUAUUUGUGGACAGUAGUUUAUAUCUUACACAUGGAUACACCAUUAUUAAUCACAACGUACCUUUACUUAUUCUCAUCCACAACGAAUACCAUGAGUACAGAAGUAGGGAUUUUCUACUUAUUUCACAUCAUGAAUUCCAUAUAACUGAACACAUACGAAUAAUGAAUCGUUUUACAGACUUUGUAUACAAAAAUAAUGAAUUUUACUUGAAAAAAAUAAUGCUUGGAAGAACAGAAUAUAAUUAUGUGAUCUGUGAUAAAAUAAGGGCUGCAAUAUUCAUUGAGUUGGGAUUUCAGCCUAUAUAUACAACAGAAGGUUUUUUGACUUUAUAUCGCAAUCUCAAUGAAAAAGAAGCGAGAAAGAGUAUCUCCUUGUCUAGGUCCAUGGUUUCGGGAGAAAAUGCAACACUGCUUGAGUACGAAGGAAGCUGGCUUUACACCGCAUCAGAAUUUGACGUAGCUGCAGAGAGACUCGAAAAAUGUUUGGAAACCAAUGACUCGAGAUGGAGGCCGUACCAGUUAUUGGGGAUGUCUUAUGUCAAAAUGAAGAAAUGGGAUCUAGCAAAGGAUGUGGAAAGAAGGUGUUUCCAGAGACACGGAGAACGAACAUGUAGACAAAAACAAGCCAGGAUCAUCCUAGAUGAGGAUCACGGCCAUAUUGGUGGUGUAUGAAUCGUUUUUGAUGAAAAAAAAAACCUAUUAAUGCUUGAUGUUUAAAUGUUUAGUCGGAUAUGUUGUCUGCAUUUGUAUAAGUUAUUGAUAUUUUAUUGUGUCAUUAUAACUUUAUAAUAAACAUCAAACGAAACUUCUGACAUAUCCAACAAACUAAUUACGGACUUGGACAUUAGCUAGCAAGAAAGAAAUUCAUUUUGAGAAAAUUGGUAAAAUUAUUCAAUACAUAUGAAAGACGUGAGCAACAAACGCAAAAUAAUUUUUUAUCUUUA